AUGGUGGACCGCGAGCAACUGGUGCAGACAGCCCGGCUGGCGGAGCAGGCAGAGCGCUACGACGACAUGGCCGCAGCCAUGAAGAACGUGACAGAGCUGAAUGAGCCACUGUCCAAUGAAGAAAGAAACCUUCUCUCUGUGGCCUACAAGAAUGUAGUUGGAGCACGCCGUUCUUUCUGGAGGGUCAUUAGUAGCAUUGAGCAGAAGACAUCUGCAGAUGGUAAUGAGAGGAAGAUAGAGAUGGUUCGUGCUAACCGUGAAAAAAUAGAGGAGUUGGAGGCCGUAUGUCAGGAUGUGCUGAGCCUGCUGGAUAACUACCUGAUCAAGAAUUGCAGUGAGACCCGGUAUGAGAGCAAAGUGUUUUACCUGAAGAUGAAAGGGGACUAUUACCGCUACCUGGCCGAAGUCGCCACUGGAGAGAAGAGGGCGACCGUCGUGGAGUCAUCUGAGAAGGCCUACGGCGAAGCCCUUGAGAUUAGCAAGGAGCACAUGCAGCCCACUCACCCCAUUAGAUUAGGCCUGGCCCUUAACUACUCCGUUUUCUACUAUGAGAUCCACAGCACCCCAGAGCACGCCUGCCACUUGGCCAAGACCACUUUUGAUGGCGCCAUUGCCGAGCUCGACACUCUCAAUGAGGACUCCUACAAGGACUCCACGCUCAUCAUGCAGCUCCUCCACGACAACCUCACGCUCUGGACAAGCGAUCAGCAAGAUGACGACGGUGGAGAAGACAACAAUUAA